AUGUUACAAUACUGGUUUCGAGCAGGAGUGCCCUGGGAGGACCUUUAUGCCGAUGACCUUGUCAUCAUUUCAAAUUCCCUGGAAGAAUGUGUCAGUAGACUGUUGACCUGGAAGGAGGCAAUGGAGAGGAAGGAUCCGGACUCAGAAUGCCUGGGAACUACUCGACCAAUAGAUGGGAGGCCACAGAAGGAAGUUCAAGUUGGAACAGACAAGCUAGAGGUAGUAGCUUCCUUCUGCUACCUAUGUGACAUGCUGUCUGCGGCUGGAGGAUGUGUGCUCUCAACGAUCACUUGUGUGAAGACGGCCUGGAAUAAUUUCAGGGAACUGCUGCCUGUCCUCUCUUCCCGUCAUCUUUCCUAUAAGACCCGUGGCAGGUUGUACAGCACAUAUGUGCGUAGGGCGAUGCUGUAUGUAAGUGAGACGUGGCUUUUGCCAAAACCGGAUCUCCUUCGCCUACGACUAAAUGACAGAGCCAUGGUCAGACAGAUUUGCAGGAUAAAGCCAGAAGACAUGGCUAGUGUCAGAUCAAGCGAGCUACUGGCACGACUUGGGAUCGAUGACCUCGACGCUAUAUCCUGCGGAAGAAGAGGCUACGUUGGUUUGGGCACGUUGCUAGAUCCAGUGGCGCAAUCAAUAAUGUCUUUAAUAUGA